AUGACAGGUACUGAUGUUAACUCUCCUGUUUAUGAUAGUACUGCUGUCAACCCUCCUGUUCAUGAUAGUACUGCUGCCAAUCCUCCUGUUUAUGAUGAUAGUACUUCUGUCAACCCUCCUGUUUAUGAUAGUACUGCGGUCAACUCUCCUGUUUAUGAGAGUACUGCUGUCAACCCUCCUGUUUAUGAUGAUAGUACUUCUGUCAACCCUCCUGUUUAUGAUAGUUUUGCUGUCAACUCUCCUGUUUAUGAUAGUACUGCUGUCAACCCUCCUGUUCAUGAUAGUACUGCUGUCAACCCUCCUGUUUAUGAUGAUAGUACUUCUGUCAACCCUCCUGUUUAUGAUAGUACUGCUGUCAACUCUCCUGUUCAUGAGAGUACUGCUGUCAACCCUCCUGUUCAUGAUAGUACUGCUGUCAACUCUAGUACUGCUGUCAACCCUCCUGCUUAUGAUAGUACUGCUGUCAACCGUCCUGUUUAUGAUAGUACUGCUGUCAACCUCCUGUUUAUGAUAGUGCUGCUGUCAACACUCCUGUUCAUGAUAGUACUGCUGUCAACUCUAGUACUGCUGUCAACCCUCCUGCUUAUGAUAGUACUGCUGUCAACCGUCAUGUUUAUGAUAGUACUGCUGUCAACCUACUGUUUAUGA